AUGUCACAAAAUCAACCUGCUAGAAGAAAUGACGUUUCAUCUUCUUCGGAUUUCGUGCCUGUCGAUGCUCGUGAUGCUUUCGAUGCACGGCGCUUUCCAAUUGUUGCUGCAUUUGAUGCAGCGUAUUAUCCUGGUGCGCGUGUUCAGCGUUAUUGUGCUGCUGCAGUGGCAAAUCCAGCUUCUGCAUCUUGUUAUCCACUUCUUGGUCCACGUCGAGAACCAGAAAUACUAUUACCGGAAUCGCAUCCUGCUGUUGACGAUCCGUUGAUUAAUAACGAUCUAGUUGAGUAUGAUCAUUACUAUCGACGAUCAAUCGACGGGAAAUGGACUUUGGUCAAUGAUCCUGUCAUCACGUCAACAACAGAUGAUAACGAUGACAUCAAUGUUUUACCGUUCGAAAGAAUAGGUAAACGUGUGUCAUCUGAGUCUGCAAAUGCUGACGACGAUCAUGAUGGUGAUAGUGACAAUGCCACUGGCAAUGAUAAUUAUCGGGACAAUGACGAUGACGAUGGUGGUGAUAGUGACGCUGGCGACUCGGAUGUCGGCGAACAAAAUUAA